CAGCACUCUCCUCGAUGUUCAGCUUGGCGUGUACAUGGGUGUGGUUCGAACGGAGUGCUGCAACAACUUCGCCUUCGCUGGAUGUCUUCCUUUAGGCACUCCUCCUUAGGCUGAGGGGAUGAUAUCAGCCGACGGCCACUGGCGAACACCGCUCCAUCCACCCCUCCGGAUCCGCCUGCUGACUGACCAUGCGCCGGAGACUGGCCUCCAGGCCGUCCAGCAGCCCUCUCGUGGCGCGUCGUGGAUGGCGUCAUGGCGUCAUCCACCGUGUCAGUGUCAUGGAGGUCGGCUCGGGCUCUCCACGGCGUGCGCGGCAGGGUAUAUACGCUCGCUCGUGCCCAUUUGGGUCUGCCAUUGUUUGACUGCGCGACGACAUAACGAGCCGACCUUUGACGACCUCCUGAAAGUAGCAGAAACUCAGCAUGUGGGUUGGACAUUACGCCUCCGCAUUCAUCGCGAAGCCCUUCGCCCCAGGCAUCCCCCUCUCCGUGCUCGCGCUCGCGAGCAGCGCCGCAGACGCCCUCUUCUUCCUGCUCAACUUCGCGGGCCUCGAGUCGUUCAACCUUGACCCCGCGAUCGUCGCGCGCUCGGGCUGCUUCCCGUACACGAACGACUACCCGUACAGCCACUCGCUCGUCGGCAUGGGCGUCGCAGGCGCGGCCGUCGCGUUCGGGUACAAGCUGCUCAGCCCGGGUGCGCGGGUGUCGCUGACGGACUUUGCGGUGAUCACUGCGACGGGGCUGAGCCAUUUCUUGUUGGAGCUGCCCGUGCACCGGAAAGACGUCAAGAUCACCCCGCACGACGACGUCGCGGCGGGCGCGGGCUGGUUCGACUCCCCAGUCGUCGACUUCCUCGCGGAGAACGCGCUCUUCCUCGCGAGCCUCUGGUUCUACACGCGCUUCGCGCCGAAGGUCACGCAGACGGGCUGGCUGACGAACAAGGGCCGGCUGACGUGGAUCGCGCUGUUCUUCGCCGCGCAGCAGGCGCAGUUCUGCUUCAUGGCGGCGCCGACGCAGGAGGCGCGCUGGGUGCACGCGCCGUUGUUCCUGGGCAUGAUCCUGGGGAGCAGCUGGUUGUUGGGUAAGCUCGAGAGUUGAGCGGGGAAGCGGCAUGUUGUGUGAGGCAAAGUAACUGUUUGUGUAUUGUAGUAGUGAUGAGUUGUGAAACUGUAUUGUAUGUAGCGCAGCAAAAUGUCUGUUUAGUCCAGGG